AUGACUCCUCAACAUACACCUCUCUUCGAAGAUCUCGCCCGCUAUACCUGCAACCUGCUGGCCAGGAACGCGAAUACCUCUCUGCCGCCCGCGCCGGCCAGCGACGGCCCUGCCGCAAAAAAGCGAAAGCUGCAGAAUGGCGACACCACCAACGGGGCGACUGCGCAGGCGCCAGUCGACCUGAAGGGCAAUGCGUCGAUUCAAUUUUAUGUCCAAGAUAUUUCCUUCGCCGCGCCGCAGCGCAAGAAGCUCACGCUCGAGAUCACUGCCGGGAGCAGAUGCCUUCGGGCGAGAAACCAGACCACCAAGGAGGUGGAAUUCGGUGUUCCCAUGGACCAAAUCCGUGAGUAUGCAAUUGGCAUUGAUAUGAGCAUCGUAACUAACACGGCUGGUCCAUACGAAGCUAUGGUGUUCACCGUUGCCGAUGGGCCAGCCAAGGCUGCUUUCUUAGGGACGGGCCAGCAGGUCGGCCACAACCCUGGCGAGACGGCUGAGGCGUUGAUCCGGAAAGUGUUGAACGACAACAUGGCUCAGACGAAUGUCAUUUGUCCUGAUGAACGGCAGUUUGUGAGCGCCAUGCCCGAGCCGCACCGGAAAAAGGAAAAGGCAUAUCACGUCAAGGCAUUCCGAGGCAGCAAAGAAGGCUAUCUGUUUCUUCUCUCUACGGGUAUUCUGUUUGCGUUCAAAAAACCUCUCCUGUUCUUCUCCUUCGACACCAUCGACUCCGUUUCCUACACCUCUGUCCUCCAGCGCACAUUCAACCUCAACAUCAUGGCCCGCCCAGCCAAUGGCAGCGAAGAGGAUGUACAGGAACUCGAGUUUUCCAUGAUCGACCAGGCCGACUACGGUGGGAUCGACGACUACAUCAAGCGACAUGGUCUUCAAGACGCCAGCUUGGCCGAGGCCCGACGCGCCAAGGUGUACAAUAUCAACGGCGGGAAGGCCGAGGAUCCAGAGGCUGCCGCUAUGAAGACCGAAGGUGACGAGGAAAGCGAACUGCAAAAAGCCCAGCGAGAGCUCGAGGACCAGGAGGAUGAGGAAGAAGAGGAUUACGACCCCGGCAGUGACGGGGAGAGUGAAGGCAGCGGCGGCUCCAGCAGCGAGGAAGAUGAAGACGGUGACGAGUUCCACGAGGAUGCGGAGCAGGUCAGCGAUGGCGACGACGAGGAUCUGCUCAAGGAGGAGGGCAGUGAUGACCCGGACGAGUAA